AUGGCUGUCUUGGGAGCUGAGCUUCAGAAUCCAGUGGUCACAAAACUUCUGACACCAGAGUAUAGCCCAUCUACUGAGUCUUGUGUGCAGUUCUGGUAUUGGCUGUCUGCAGGCUCAGGUGAUUCUCUCUCAGUGCAUGUUCUUCUUAAUGGGGAGCUGGGUCCAGCUCUCUGGUCUCUCUCUGGAGCUUGCUCUAAUGGUUGGGAAGUAGCAGAGGUCACUUUGUCCGCUCCCUCCAAAUUCAGGGUGGCAUUCAGAGCAAAGCUCAGUUCCAACUCUGAGUCAUUUGUUCUGCUGGAUGAUGUCUCAGUUAGAAGUGAAGCUUGUCUCCCAACAGGAAGUUGUGAUUUUGAAUCAGGACAGUGUGCAUGGGUGAAUGUUGCUAAUGGGGUCUCAAAUGAACAUGAUUGGAUCCAUGCAGAUGGCCACUUCAAAGGUCCUCUGGUCGAUCACACUACUCACACUGCAGAUGGCAAGUUUCUGUUGAGCCAAUUUCAGAAGAACACACAAGAUCGAAACAAAAUAUCAGUUUUGAAAUCAGAGAGGAUCCUGCAGACCAGUGACUCGUGUCUCGAGUUCUGGUACCAUAUGAAUGGCAGUGACCCAGGGAUCCUUCGAGUUUUAAUAGAUUCAGGUGCAACUGAGCAACAACAGUUGUUUAAAACACAGGCCACCGGGAACAACUGGACAUAUGUCUUUACCACAGUGACUGAAACCGAACCCUUUCAGAUUUACCUAGAAUCUCAAGUGGGUAAUGAAGGAUUCAUUGCAGUGGAUGACAUAAGAGUGACAAAGGGGCCAUGUAAAGAAAUCAGUGUGGAAAGUGGAGUAUUUGUUGGGUGCCACUUUGAGGCAGACACCUGUGAAUGGAAAGAUAUUAGUGUUGGGCAGUUUGUUUGGAAGCGGGACCAGAAUGGUACAACCACUGCCAACACUGGCCCUUCGGUGGAUCACACCACUGGCACAGAGAUUGGCUGGUACAUGGCAGUAGAAGCCAGUCAUGGUGAGCACAACAGCUAUGCUGCUCUACAGAGUCCCACUAUGAAAGAUGCCAGCAAUAAGUGUUUGUUUGAGUUUUACUACCACAUGAAUGGAGAGGGCAUUGGAGAUCUGAAAGUGUUCAUCCAGGAGGGCCCAACGAGGAUGCCCCUGUGGUGGAUGUCUGGUAACCACGGAGAUGAGUGGCUUCGGGCAGAGUUGGGUGUGGGUCGCACCCAUCAGGUCUUCACUCUCCUCUUUGAGGCUACCAGAACCUACAGCGAGCUCGGGGACAUUGCUAUAGAUGACAUUGCCUUCUUGAACUGCACUCUUCCAGAGCCACAGGAAUCUUGUCAAGAGAGCCUGUUCACAUGUUCCAACCUUGUGUGUGUGGAGCCAAACAGAGUGUGUGACUACAACGAUGACUGUGGUGAUGGCACGGAUGAGGAGCUCUGUGAUAUAAAGGGUUAUAAGCAGCGCUGCAGUUUUGAGCAGGGCAUGUGCUCAUGGGAGAAGAGUUACUUGGAAUCUGGCUGGAUAUUGCAGAAGGGAGAACAGGCCUGGCCUAAGCAUGGACCGCCAAGAGACCACACCCGCAACACAGCAGCAGGUCAUUACAUUACUCCAAUGCAUGAGCUGAGUGAGAUUCAAACAGCAGAGAUCAUCUCCAGCACUCUGCUGCCCAGCUCUGACUGCACAGUGAGGUUCUACCACUAUUUUCAAGGUAACAGCACUGCUGCCAGGCUAGUUGUCAGACAAAGGACCCUUCAUAAUGGAGAAGAUGACAGUAUAAUUUGGGACAGUACUGUGACACAGAGCUUCCGCUGGCACAGAGUGGAGGUCACCUUCUCCUCCUCGGUUAAGAGUAAGAUUGUUUUCCAGUACGUGGGAAAUGGUGAGGCUCAUACAGCACAGAUAGCGGUAGACGAUAUUUCCUUCUCUGUGACAUGUCCUCACGAUCCUGACAACAGCCAGCUGCCAGUCACACCUGAUUCAACAACGACACCAUCAAUGACAACAGUGACAUCUGCUGCACCUUCAGCUUCUCCAUCAAUCAAUCCUUGCAAGGAGAAUGAGUUUUACUGCUGGCGGUCUGGUGGCAUUAAAUGCAUUGCAGAAGGUGCCCAGUGUAAUUAUGUCUUAGACUGCCCCCAAGGGGAAGAUGAAGACACCUGUGGUCCAUGUAAUUUUGACAAUGGACUUUGCCAAUGGAGUGAUAUAAGUGUAGGUCCUAACAAGUGGCAAUGGGUACAGGCCACUAACACCACAGUCCUGCCCCCUGACCACACCACUGGAUCAGGGCACUACAUGCAGACAUAUUUCAUGGAGCCAUCUAAGAAUGAGGCUGUGUUCCAGAGCCCAUCCCUGCCAAUCAGCUCUGCAUACUGCCAGUUUCUGUUUCACUUCCACAUGGGUGCAGGAAGUUCAGGCAAUCUCAGUGUGCUCCUUGUGAAUGGAGAGGAGGACAGGAAGAUACUUUGGUCCAGAUCCAUGAGCAGUUCAACUCAAUGGCUCCCAGAACACUUACCACUGGGCAAACAAGAACAGCCUUAUAGGAUCAUAUUUAGCAGCCAAACCUUGCUCCAACUGGAUGAAUCAUUGCCUACUACAACUAGGACCAUUGCCCUGGAUGAUAUCUCCUUCCACGACUGUGAGAAAGACUACCAACCACCAGACUUUUCCUUGGCCACAUGUUCCUUUGAGAAGGAUAUGUGUGGGUGGGUUCAGGGAGCUGCAGAGAACCUAGACUGGUUCAGAUGGAGUGGACUAACUGAGAUCCCAAACACCGGUCCCUCAGGAGACCACACCAGUGGAAAGGGCUAUUAUUUGUACAUCAAGAGCUCAAGUGACAGCAGAACAGGCGAUAUGGCUCAUUUGAAGUCUCAACUGUCUCCCCCAACUGGACCUGAUGGCUAUUGCUUCACAUUCUGGUAUCACAUGUUUGGAGCAACUGUGGGCUUGCUAAGAAUGUCUAUUUAUGACAUUUCAUCCAAUCACAUAUCAUUGAUGUGGCAGAGACAGGGGUCUCAGGGGAAUGAGUGGCGUAAGGCCCAAAGUCAUGUGAAACUACAGGAAGUUCAUCAGAUAUUAAUUGAAGCUUCAGUAGGAGGACUGGCCGGGCACAUUGCUAUUGAUGAUUUAUCAGUCUCUAAAGGUGCCUGUGCUCCCACAGUGAGUCUUUGUGACUUUGAAGAGGGAGACUGUGGCUGGAUUCAACAGACUGAUGAUGACCUGGACUGGAUUAGAGUGUCAGGAAAUAGUCUAAAAUCGAAAUCCUCAAAGUCUAGACCUGGCUUUGACCAUACAACCAACACAGCGAGUGGAUAUUACUUUCAUAUGGAAACCAGUUCUGCCCAUGUGCAAGGAAAAAGUGCCAGAAUGACCUCUCCUCUGCAGCCUGCAGGUGAUGCCAAGUGUAUCCAGUUGUGGUAUUACAUGGAGGGAAAAGGCACUGGGACCCUAAAUGUGUAUCAACAGUUCUCUGACAAAGAUCAGUCCUUGCAGGUGACCCAAUCUGGAGGACAGGGGGGAAUGUGGAGGUUUGCUCAGACUCCACUAACUCUCUCAGGAUCAGACUAUAGGAUUGUGGUGGAGGGGAUUUCAGGCGAGAGCGAAGAGGGAGCCAUAGCGUUUGAUGAUGUGCAGAUUUCCAAUGCCCCAUGUACUCCUUCAGGACAAUGUGACUUUGAGGAUAAUUUUUGCAGCUGGAUGAAUCUGUUAGAGGUGGAUGAUGCAGACUGGCUCAGAGCUCAAGCAGGCACUGCAAAUCACACAGGCCCCAGUGUGGACCACACCACCAACUCUUCCACAGGUUAUUACCUUUAUGUGGACAGCUCUGUAGGCAUCUGGGGAGACACUGCGAUGAUCCUUAGUGAGAUAUUCACUCCUGACAUUAGGGGGCAGUGUUUCAUAUUCUGGUAUAAUAUCCAUGGGUACAACGUUGGGACGCUCAAUCUAUACGUUAAUAACAGGAGUAUUUAUGAACGUGGGAAUAAGCUUGGCCAGAUAGUAUGGACAGAGUCAGGAGAUCAGGGAGAUGUGUGGAGGAAAAGUAACAUCUAUGUGGAAUACAGAGAGUCUUUCUGGUUUAUUUUUCAAUUCUUGAAAGGAGCAGGUACCAAAGGAAAUGUAGCUAUUGAUGAUGUUCACAUCAUCCCUGGGCCUUGUGACUCAAACCCCACCUCUGCACCGCCAAACCAUAUUGACACUAUAGGUAUUGGGGUAGGAGUGGGAGUGACACUCUUGGUGAUUUUUACAGUCGGUGCUGCCCUUUUUGUGCUUAAUAAGAAGAGAAGUGCUAACAGGGAAUCAAUACUUGAAGAUGAUGCGCUUGAUAUAAACUUUGAUAGAAACAUUCACAGCACAGGUUUAACAUCCACAGAGGAGAAUGGUCACUCCAAUGCCUUACAUACAAUCUACUAUUCAGCAAAUGGAAAUAACACAUCUUUCACAUAAAUUGAUCUUUGCUCAGAAACUGAAAAGAAUAAAUAAAAAUACUUAAUCUUUACAUUUCAAUGCAUCAAUGUUAAUAGAAUAAAAAUGGUUAGUGUC